AUGCGAAUUAUACACUAUGGCGGUACGUGCGCGUGUGAUAUAUUGUGGAAUGGCAACACGCUGGAGAGCCUCGGUGUCAGCAAGCGCAAAAUUAUUCGCUCGACUACGAUGUUUGCGCCCAACAACGCUAAUACACCGGCGCGGGCUGCGCUGGUUCUAUGGCAUAAUAAGAGCCGGCUUAUUUUGAUCAACGCAACAAGUAGCAGAGUGGCGGGCGGGGAGGGGCCCGUGCGUGCGCGCGCGCCUGGCACGCGCCCCACCGCCGCACGCCGCUCACUCUACUUAGUGUCGGGGGUGCACGCCACCUCUGCCAAUCCACCGGCAACCUCCGCGGCACGCACUCGUGCGCUCGACUUGACC